AUGGAUGAUGACAGCCAGGAUGAACUGCUGAACAAGAAUGCUGCACUAGGCAAGGGCAAAAGACAGUGUGUUGUGCUCCUCAGUGAAACAGAAAACAAUGGUGGAAAUAGCUGUGAUUCAGAAGAUGAUACUGGAAGUGAGGAGGAAGAUGAUGGCACUGAGGAGGAGGGAGGUGAGGAGAACAAGGAAGAAAGUGAAGAUGAAGAAUUAGAAGAUUGUGAAGAUGAUGAUGAAGAGGAGGAGGAGGAAGGAACUGAGUUCACUGUGGGAGGAAUGACUGAUUCUCUGAAAUUAGAGCCACAAGGAAAUGAAGCAAGCAUUUCCUCUGAUGAGGAUGGUGAAAACUGCCCCAUUUGCCUCAAUGCAUUUAGGGAUCAGGCUGUUGGGACUCCUGAGAAUUGUUCCCAUUACUUCUGCUUGGACUGCAUUGUGGAGUGGUCUAAGAAUGCAAACUCCUGUCCAGUGGAUCGAAUCCUCUUUAAAUACAUCAGCAUUCGGGUACAUUUUGGUGGUAAAAUCUUACGAAAGAUUCCUGUUGAGAACACGAAAGUUCAGGGUAAUGAUGGAGAGGAUGAUCCAACCUUCUGUGAGGUGUGUGGCAGAAGCGACCGUGAGGAUCGCCUGCUGCUGUGUGAUGGCUGUGAUGCAGGAUAUCAUAUGGAAUGCCUUAAUCCACCUCUGAGUGAAGUCCCUGUAGAUGAAUGGUUCUGUCCAGCCUGUGCCCCCACGGGUGUCAGUACUGCUGCAGAUACGCAUCAUGUCAGUGAAGAAGCCCCCGUGGCUGAUGUUAUUCCUACCACCAGUAGGCUACGCCCUCAUGUCCGAACUCGAGCUAUAGCCAGAACUCGGCAGAGCGAACGAGUUAGGGCAACAGUGAACAGAAACCGGAUAACAACAGCUCAACAAAUUCAGCAUGUGCCAAGGUACUUCAUGUCCUCGCUUCUGGAUGAAACAAUUGAGGCAGUUGUAGCAGGCCUAAACACAGCCGUGUACCAGCGUCCUUUUACACCACGGGCUCCUACAAGGCAGAAAAAAAAAGGUAGGAGGAAGAAAGUAGGAGGCAAAAAAAGAACUCCAGCAAAAUCAUCUUCUGGAAAGAAAAGUUCAGGGACACAGCUGAAGAGACGCAAGUGUCUGAUAAAGAAGAAAAGGGGGAAAAAGAGGAGAGUGAAAAAUGAGGUUACUGCUCGUUCCCGUAUUGCAAGAACGCUUGGUCUUGGUAAACCUCUGCGUGGGGCCUCACUUCCUUCCAUCUACAAACCAGCAGAGCCCUCACUUGGCCUGAUGAGAUCAGAUAUUGGUGCAGCUUCUCUGUCUGUGUUUGGCGAUCCAUAUGAGUUGGAUCCUUAUGAAAGUAAUGAAGAGGUUCCAGCAAAUCUAGAUUCACCAGUGAGCACCAAAAGGAGAGUUCUCUCCCAGUCAGCACUAAGGUCUCACUGUCCUGUAGCUAGACCUGUUUCUGUGGGACUUCCCAGAAGCAGUGUACCUGCCUUGAAUCUUGAUCAAGAAGUAGAAGCUGCCCCUGUGCCAGAUCUGCUGGGAAGUAUCCUGUCUGGACAGAGCUUUCUCAUGAUGAGUAGUUCAGAUGUGAUCAUCAACAGAGAUGGUUCACUGACGGCAAAGAAAGCAGGGAUUCCAUUUUACAGACUUCAGCGAGCAAAAGAAGGGGCCUGGAAAGCAGAGGACUUGAACCAAACAUUAAAUCAGGUGUACUGUCAAAAUAUACCUUUGACGCCAUCUCUGCCCUCAAGCCUUCCCCCCUGUGCCCCUGUCAGCCAGCCCACCGUUCAGUUUAUCAUGCAGGGUAGUCUUCCAGCACUUGGCUGCAUGGCAGGACAGAGCCUGAUUCCAGAGCCGGGCACCUUGGCUGCUGCAUCUGAACCGGGAAUCCAGUCUGCUUCCAUUGGAAAAACAGAAGAAAAGAUCAAAGCACCCAAACCUCCAGUGGAUAAAAUAAAAAAUGAGGAAUACAUGAAGAAGCUUCACAUGCAGGAAAGGGCUGUGGAAGAAGUGAAACUUGCUAUUAAACCUUUUUACCAGAAGAGGGAGAUUACAAAGGAGGAGUACAAGAACAUUCUUCGAAAAGCAGUGCAAAAGAUCUGCCACAGCAAAAGUGGAGAGAUCAACCCUAUGAAGGUAGCUAAUCUGGUGAAGGCAUAUGUGGAAAAAUACAAACAUAUGAGGAAACAUAAGAAAUCUGAUGAUGCAGAUACACAUGAAGCAGAAAACUGA